AGACAUCCGCAAUGAGGGAGCGACAGAAGAGGAAGAAGGGGAGGACGUGGGCGGAAGCCGCAAAGACGGUUUUGGAGAAAUACCCAAACACACCUAUGAGCCAUAAAGAGAUCCUGCAGGUGAUCCAAAGAGAAAGACUUAAAGAAAUAAGUGGAACUUCACCGCUGGCAUGUCUGAAUGCAAUGCUGCACACUAACUCUCGUGGUGAGGAGGGAAUCUUCUACAAAGUUCCUGGCAGAAUGGGAGUCUACACGUUAAAGAAGGACAUCUCAGAUGUGGCGAAUGAGCUGUCUGAGGACGGUUCUGAGGAGAGCAGUGACAAUCUUUCCGACUCCCGUAGCACGGAAAACAACAGCAGUGCCGUCACUCAAGAGGGCAGGAGAGGAAGGUGGAUGCGGAGAGUUCCCCCCAAGCUGCAGUCACAGCCGUCGUCUCCGCAGCCUCGAUGUUCGUCUCCUUCUGUCCCCACCAGUAAACUCAUCUCCCCCUCACAGAAACACAGCAAGAAAGCUUUGAAACAGGCCUUGAAGCAGCAGCAGCAGAGAAACCAGCGCAGGCAGGGGGGAAUGCCAACUGCCUCCAGUCCCAGACUGCUCCUAAAAUCCAUUAAAGAUAUGGCCGACAACAUUACUGCAAAGACUGACCUAUGCCAUCCAGUCGUGCCCAGGAAGGUUUCGCCGAGGCCAGGGCGCAUUCGUGCAGGGCAGAUAAAACGCACCAAGUGUAAAAUAGACGUGGAGACUCCAGACUCUAUUUUGGUCAACACCAACCUGCGGGCGAUCAUCAACAAGCACACCUUCUCAGUCCUGCCCUCAGACUGUCAGCAGAGACUGGUCAAACUUCUGCCUGAAGUAGACCGGCAGGCCAGCAUGGAAGGUCUUCUCAAGGUCACAAGUUCUGCCUUAAACAAUGAGUUCUUCACGUCAGCUGCACAGUCUUGGAAGGAGAGGCUGUCUGAGGGGGAAUUCACUCCUGAAUUGCAGCUGCGGAUGCGUCAAGAAGUUGAGAAGGAAAAGAAAGUUGAGCAGUGGAAGGAGGCCUUCUUUGAAAAUUAUUACGGCGAAAAUUCUGGGCUCAGCUAUGAGGAAUCCAAAGAGCUGACAAAGGCUGAUCUGAAUCAGACGUCUGCCAAGCCUAAGUCUCCCACUCGUCAGACGGUAACUGCUCAAGCACCAGAGGAAACCAAGGGCAGAAAAGACAGCAGCCAGGCCGAUACUACUGCUAGAGAGAAGAAGCAAACACGGACUGCUUCACCGCAGCCCCUCAAGACACUGCCUGCUGAAAAAGAGCCCGUCCCCACCAUGGAGCCCAUGAAGACACGACGCUCGCAACAGGCCGAGGAUCGCAGGUUGAGCGCAACAGCGCAGACUGAGCCGCCACCUGCAGUGGCGGAAACGCCAGAGGUGGAGAGACGGACUGAACCGAAUGCAGCCGGAUCGCUGCCUGAGGAGGAGCAGAAGGAGGAAGUGCAGGUGCAGAAACCUGAACUUCCCCAGUCGCCUGUUAAGAAGAGCCCGCUACCAAAGGCGAGUUCAGAUCUUAAAGAGGAUCACACUCCGCCUGUGGUUAAGCCCGCUGAGAGUGAAGAGGUCAUCUCUGAGCGUGGUGUCCCCUCAGAGCCUCUGAAAAGGAAAUCCCUCAGUGAGACAGAGGGUGAACUGACACCAGAGAAAAGGCCCCGCAUUUCCUCAGUCUCCUCAGUGUCUUCAGUCUCCUCCGUUUCCCCCUCAGCAUCAUCCAUAUCCAGCCCUUCGACACCAACAAAUCAGAAGGUUCCGCCUCUAAAGAUCCCAGUGUCACGAAUUCUCCCUGUUCCCGUUUCACCUGGCCAAGUCUCGCCCAGGACGCCGCUACCCGCUCCGCUCAGCAGCCCGGGCCGCACCGGUGCUCGUACUCUGGCUGACAUCAAAGCCAAAGCACAGCUCGCCCGAGCACAGCGAGCAGCGGCUGCCGCGAUUUCAUCAAUGUCUAAGGGAGCGGUGCCAGGCCCGGGACCAGGAGGAGGCAGCGGUGAGCAGACAAAGCCAUCACCCAGCCCCAGCCCAACAUCACCGCACACACCAACCAGGUUACCGACCAGCACCAGCAGCAAUCAGAGCACCACACCUCCUUCUCAACCCCUGGACUCCUCCUUUGGGUCUCAGGCAUUUCAUUCGAUCAAACCUGAGGAUGCACAGAAAGGUCAUUUUACUGGCGCUGUCAGUGUGGGACACGACAGCGUUCAAAAUAACUCCUCGUCUCUGCAGACACCCAAGGUACAGGAAAACCCAUCUCCAAGUGGAUCAUCAUCCAGGAACAGCUCAUGUAUCCCAGCAAACAACCCGCUGGUCACGCAGCUUCUGCAGGGCAAAGAGGUUCCACUGGAACAAAUCCUCCCAAAACCACUUUCCAAGCUGGAGGUGAAGAUGUCACACUCGUCCUCUGGUAGUAAGGGCAAGAUGGCGCUCUCUGCUGAGCACAGGGCCGAUAGGCACAUGUCUCAUCAGCUCCACACAGCAGGACGAGCUGGAAUCUUUCCAGAAUACUCGAGACCUCACAGGGAACCUCCUAACAAGGACACCCAAGACCAGAUCCUACAGGCUCUUAUGCAGCGGAAAGUCCAGCAGAGCCAGCCUUAUGGUGUUUUAGGGCCUCAGCACUCUCAGCUGAAAGUCCAUCAACUGAUGUAUACAGAAAGUCAUCAGGACCGGUCCAGGAUUUGUGUUGGUUUUUUGGGCCGUAAGCGGAUACCCAGGCCUGCCAUGACGGGACAUUACCUACUAAAUGUGUCCACGUACGGCAGAGGAACAGAGAAUAAAAGGCUGCAACAGUCUGUAAUCCCCAACACGUGUUUAAAAAGGGAAAGUAUAGAAGGAGAGGAGGCGGUGAAGGAGGAAGAAGCAGUCAGAAAGGUUUUCUCACCUGUUUCUGGGGUUAAAACGGAGCAGCAAGGAUACUCGUCCGCCAAGUCUGAUGACGCAGCAGGCUUUCAGCAUUGCUCCAGCGUAAAAACUGAACCUGGAUCAGAGGACAAUGCAGCUGGUGCUGAUCACAACAGCGCCGGCGCGACAGCCAAAGACACCAGCGCCUUUUCUCAGUCACACCGAAGGCACCUCCAACUCUGCAAUAGUAAUCAAGGGAACUCGGAGCCAUAUCUUCCCCAAGUGGACCCCAGUCACCAGCAGCCGCCUGCCUUUCAAACCCAGAGAACGCUCGCUAAUCAGGAACCCGCGGUGGCGCCGUGCUUCGGCGGCACCAUCAGCAUGUCCGUACCUCACACUUUGAACCGCGGCGCCGCGGGCACCGGCUCCUCGGCGUCCCCAUCGGAGGCCGAGGGAGGCGGGAGCGUCAUGUCGUUCUCAGUGACCGUCACCACCAUACCCACCAAUCACUCGCUAGACCGCGGUAGCCAGGACGAGCCGUCACCCGAGCAGUCUUUCAUCGAGGGCUCCAACAUGGAGGACGUCCAGUCUAAAUGCUACUGCCGACUCAAGGCGAUGAUCAUGUGCAAAGGGUGCGGCGCCUUUUGCCACGACGACUGCAUCGGGCCCUCCAAACUGUGCGUCUCGUGUCUAGUGGUACGAUGAUAAACCCGGAGGUCGUGGCUGGUUUGAUUUGUUCUCAAGUCGCGGCACCGGGAAGGAGCAGGUCGUUCAGGAUCAAUACAGAAAACGGAAUGAAGCACGUUGGGUCAUGUGGUCACUGAGAGAGGCGAGGAUUUACACUGGAUGGUCUUUUGUUUCAGCGACAUCUGAGAAAAGUUGUACUGUGCAAUUUAGAAAUGUCAAUCAGAUGAGUAGUUUGUCAGAUGUGUGACAAAUAUAAAAUCUGGCAAUGUUUGCACUCGACUAGGAUUAGUGUUAUAUAUUUUUUUAAAUCUAUAUAUAUAUAUGUAUGUAUAUGUGUGUGAGUGUAGUUUUUAAAAAAAGGAGGGAAAAAUGAAUGUUGCUAUUUUUGUAGAAUAAUGACUGUUGUGUUUUUAGACUCACACUUUUUAUUACCAGGCCUUAUCAGUCGUGAUUUAAA